GCCAAUAAAAAAUCAAAAGCCAAAUCAAAAUCAAAUUCUUAAACCCUAACCUGAACCACAACAAAACGGUGGUGGCUUUAUCUUUGCGAAAACACAAAAUCGAGAACAAUCAAAACCAAACCAAAACAACAGAGAAACACAUUAAAGCCAUUUCAAGAGCAUAAUAGAAACGAUUCAUUAUUAGGGUUUCUUCAAUUCUGAAAAAAUGGGGAAAAAUCAAAAGACAGAGCUAGGAAGAGCCCUUGUGAAGCAACACAAUCAAAUGAUUCAACAAACAAAGGAGAAAGGUCGAAUCUAUAAGAAGAAGUUUCUCGAAUCAUUCACCGAAGUUUCUGAUAUCGAUGCUAUAAUCGAACAAAAUGAUGAAGAUCAUGAACAAGAACUCCUUGAUCUUCCUCUUCCUCCACCCACUUCCCGUAUUAAUCUGGAUGUUGAGUCUGGUAGUGGUUUUAAUGGUUUGACGGCUGAAGAAAUUAAGAAGGAACAGAAGAUUGAAGAGGCGUUGCAUGCUAGCAGUCUUCGAGUACCACGCAGGCCUUCAUGGAGUGCUGAAAUGUCUGCUGACGAGCUUCAUGCCAAUGAAACACAACAUUUCUUAACUUGGCGCCGUAGCCUAGCCAGACUUGAAGAAAAUAAGAAGCUUGUUCUUACUCCAUUUGAGAAAAAUCUUGAUAUCUGGAGACAACUCUGGCGGGUUGUUGAGCGCAGUGAUUUGCUUGUUAUGGUUGUUGAUUCACGAGAUCCACUGUUCUAUCGCUGUCCUGACCUUGAGGCUUAUGCAAAGGAGGUUGAUGUGCAUAAACGCACAUUGCUUUUGGUCAAUAAGGCAGAUCUUUUACCCGCUUCUGUCAGGGAGAAAUGGGCAGAAUACUUUCGUGCUCAUGAUAUUCUCUUUAUCUUCUGGUCAGCGAAAGCCGCUACUGCAGUUUUGGAAGGCAAAAAGCUCGGUACAUCACAGGUUGAUAACAUGUCGAGCGCUAAUAACCCAGACACGAAGAUCUAUGGAAGGGAUGAGCUCUUAUCCCGCCUGCAAUCAGAGGCAGAAGCUAUAGUAGACAUGAGAAGAAAUUCAGAUUCCUCAAGUGAAAAUGCUUCUGUUAGUUCAUCAUCGAGUCAUGUAGUUGUGGGAUUUGUUGGAUAUCCUAAUGUAGGGAAAAGUUCAACUAUCAAUGCGCUGGUUGGCCAGAAAAAAACUGGUGUCACCUCUACCCCAGGAAAAACAAAGCACUUUCAGACUUUAAUUAUUUCUGAAAAGCUAACCCUUUGUGACUGUCCCGGAUUAGUUUUUCCAUCUUUUUCAAGCUCAAGAUAUGAGAUGAUUACUUGUGGGGUGUUGCCAAUUGAUAGGAUGACCGAACACAGGGAGUGUGUCCAGGUUGUCGCCAAUAGAGUCCCUAGGCAUGUCAUAGAACAGGUCUAUAAGAUCAGUCUUCCUAAACCUAAGUCAUAUGAGUCCCAAACCCGUCCCCCUCUAGCAUCUGAACUUUUGAGAACAUAUUGUGCUUCUCGUGGGCAAUCUACUUCUAGUGGACUGCCUGAUGAAACCAGGGCUUCUCGUCAGAUACUGAAAGAUUACAUUGACGGAAAGCUGCCUCACUAUGCGAUGCCCCCUGACGUGUCAGAUGUGGAAUUAUCAUCAGAAGAUCCUAAUGGACACGACCAAGUUAAUUUGAAUGUGUCAGAUUCAUCUGAUAUUGAAGAUUCUUCAGUUGCUGAGACUGAACCUGCACCAAAACUUGAACACGUAUUGGACGACCUUAGUUCAUUUGACAUUGCUAAUGGACUUGCUUCAAACAAAGCUGCGGCUAAGAAGGCCAAGGAAUCUCAUAAGCAUCAUAAAAAGCCGCAGAGGACAAAAGAUCGUUCGUGGAGAGCAGGGAAUGCAGUGAAAGAUGAUAGUGAUGGGAUGCCAAUUGCAAGAUUUCAUCAGAAACCAAUAAAUGCAGGUCCUCUGAAGGUUUGAUAGGGUCAUACGUACCCUCUAGUUAAUGUGCAACAUGUUUUGUAAGACCCAUACGUACAUAGUUUCUCUGAGGUGAGCCACGUGAUUUUUGUAAGGCAAGGCAUUGCAGGAAUACAUCACGCAGGCAAUUUCUCUAAAGCUCGUCUCGGAAAAAAGGUAUUUGGGAAAAUAUUGUAUUUGCAACGUUGAAUUAUUGUUCUGAUUAUUGGGAUAAAAAUGAUGUAAUACAAUUGAAAAAUAAGAUACUUUGGUUAUCCAUAUUUAAGUGUGCAUCAUGUUUUUCUUA